AAAGGAGUGUGAGAUAAAGUGUGACUUUUUCUCAAUGCCAAAGAACAAGGACUACAUUUCUUUUUUUUUUUAAAUAUAAUUUAUCUGAUUUUAAAUUUUGUUUCAUCUGUUGGGACAUAAAUCCUUGCUUUCUGGACAUCUCACUACCAGUUUGAUGGAGAAAAAUAACACCAUCAAGCCCUGUGCAUAGCUUUGCACAUUCCCACACAUGUAUUCUACAGCUGGGUUCAAUCUCUUACGGAAGGAAUUUGGACAGCGAGCGGUUCUGCCUUAAUCCAGACAUCUGUGAGUAGCUAGCUGAAUAUUUAAUCACGCUAAGGACCGUCCCCCGCAACUCUGCGGACACCAUGGUUUCUCUCCAAGCUGCCAACAAUUACACUUCUACAUCUUCCAACUCCACAACUACUCCUCUUUUCACCUCUCGCCCCCCCAUUUCCACCAUGUCAUCCUUCCUCUCAGACAGCCCCCUACCAUCUUACACCUCCUUUACAAACCAGACUUGCUUAUUUGAGGAUGAAGCCCUGCGUAUAUCCUUGGCAUUGAUCUACUCACUGUUCUUCCUUUUUGGCCUGGUGGGCAACCUCCUCGCCCUGUGGGUCUUCAUCUUCCUCCACACAAGGCGCAACUCUGUUCGAGUGCUCCUCAUCAACUGCGCUGUGGCUGACUUGGUCCUCUUAGCAUGUCUGCCCUUCAGGGUAACCUACCAUUUUAACAAAAAUAACUGGACCCUCGGAUCCAAGGCCUGCAAGCUGGUAGGCAAUCUGUUCUAUAUGAACAUGUACAUCAGUAUAACAUUACUGGGGCUGAUCAGCCUGGAUAGGUACAUGAGAUUGAGGGGAAGAGGCAGAGGGCGCAAAGAAUUGAGGAGGCUGUGGGGGCGCAGCGGUGCAUGGAGCUGGGUAGUGUGCGGAGCGCUGUGGGUGCUGUCGCUGGCGGGAGUGGUGUACAUAAUCACCACAAAAGAAGGAAAUGAGGAAGAGGGGAAAUGCUUCCAAUACAAGCAGCGGCUCGGUGCCAAGGGGAUGGCCUACUUCAACAUGAUGCUAGUGUUCUUCUUCUGGGUGGUCUUCGUUAUGCUGAUAGUCUCCUACGGGAAGAUUGCAGCCCGGCUGCUGAAGGUGUCCUGGAAGAAGCCGGACCUACCCAAUGCCAAGCGGUAUGGACGAACCGCCAAGAAGUCCUUCUUUGUCCUCUUCCUGUUCACCAUCUGCUUUGGGCCUUACCAUGCCUUUCGACCUGUCUACAUUCUCUCCCAACUCAGCCAAUCACUUUCUUGUGAUUACUUGCGCCUGGUGGACAAGACCAAUGAGGUGAUGCUGUUGCUAUCUGCCUUCAACAGCUGUUUGGAUCCUAUCAUGUACUUUCUGUUAUCUGGUUCAGUGCGCAAAACUGCCCUGCGGGUACUUGGAAAUCGCAUUGGCAACCGCCUCCAUUUUCUUCAUGAGGGGACGUCCAUUAGCUCAACGGAGUUGCAAAGGCCGAGUCUGUCAGUGAUAUUACCUAACCCCGCCCAAACCCCGUCUUCAACGACCCCUAGAAACAGCAUCUGCCUCAUGAACUCUACUCUCCGCCGCACAGCACUGAACACACCUCUUCCUACUGGUAAACAAUGAUUGCAUUAAUGACAAUUUAUAUGAUUUCUGUUUGUCUGACUUCAUCUAUGUGUCUCAGCUAUUGCCAAUAUGUUAUCUUCUAAGCAUCUUUGCUCACGGGAAUCAUUUUUUAAAUGUUCUGUUUUUUUUUGCCUGACAGAAAAACACUGACAACAAUGUCACCUUGAAACCAAGGGAGAUGGACUUUACCUCUUGACACAUGGAAAUAUGUGGCACAAAAAUAGGGUUUUUACCAACAGUCUUCAGAGAUGAUGAUAUAGUGUGUCUG